GAAGAAGAUGGAACUGAACAUGAAUUCACAGUUUCUGGUAAUUCUGAGUGUCUUUGUGGUUCUAUUGAUCCUAUUUCGAGUGUUAUAUACGAUUUGGUGGAGACCAAAGAUCCUAGAAAACAAACUAAGGAACCAAGGAAUCAGAGGAAACCCUUACAAGCUUCUUCAAGGCGACAAUGGCGAAUUCAAGAGGAUGAUGAUCGAAGCAUGUUCCCGUCCUAUUCCUCUCACCCAUCGAAUUGCGCCACGUGUCACCCCUUUCAUUCAUCACAUGGUGCAAACCUAUGGAAAACAAUCUCUGAGCUGGUUUGGAACAAUUCCUAGGCUUAUAAUAGCAGAUUCUGAGUUGCUCAAGUUAGUAUUGGCAGACAAAAAUAACCAUUUCAGGAAGCCUCCAAUGAACCCACUUAUGGAACUCUUGAGUAAAGGUGUGUUUUCUCUUGAAGGUCAGAAAUGGGCCAAGAGGAGAAGAUUAAUUUCUCCUGCUUUCCAUCAUCAGAAGAUACAGGGAAUGUUGCCAGCAUUCUCUGCUUGUUGUUGUGACCUACUUGAUAGAUUGGUGAAACUUGUGAGUCCCUCGGGAUCCUGUGAGAUUGACAUGGCUUGCGAGUUUCGAGCUUUUUCAUUGGAUGUAAUUGCUCGAACAGCCUUUGGAAGCAACUAUAAGGAAGGAGAGAAGAUAUUUGCUCUUCAAAAGGAGCAAAUUGUUCUAGCCAUGGAAGCAUAUCAUGAUAUAUACUUCCCCGGAUUGAGAUUUAUACCCACUAAGAAGAAUAGGCGGAGGUAUGAAUUAGACAAUCAAAUCAAAGCAAUUCUAAGAGAUAUGAUCCAAAAGAGAGAAGAAAAUGAUACUAGUAACAAAGAUUUAGACUUGCUUGGUUUGUUAUUGCAAUGUAAAGCGGAUGGUAAUAGUGAGAUGACCAUCGAAGAUAUCAUCGAAGAAUGCAAAUUGUUCUACUUUGGGGCUCAAGAGUCUACUUCAAAUUUGUUAACUUGGACAUCAAUAGUCCUUUCCAUGCAUCCCGAUUGGCAAGAAAAGGCUAGAGAUGAAGUUUUACAUGUUUGUGGGACUAGGAUACCUGAGCUUCCUGAUCUAAAUCGCCUAAAGAUUGUGACAAUGAUUCUUCACGAAGUCUUAAGACUAUACCCACCGGUUGUGUUCUUUGCGCGACACACAACACAUAUGACCGAACUAGGGAACCUGUUGGUUCCUGCUGGAGUAGAAGUGUAUUUGCCAGUCUUGUUGAUGCACUAUGAUAAAGAGCAUUGGGGUGAAGAUGCUGAAGAAUUCAAUCCAGAGAGAUUUGCUGAAGGAGUAUCGAAUGCAUCGAAAGCUCAACGAGCUUACUUUCCAUUUGGGUGGGGGGCCAAGAUUUGUUUGGGGAAAAGCUUUGCGAUGUUGGAAGCCAAAUUGGCGAUCGCAAUGCUUUUACAACGGUUUUCGUUUGAGCUCUCGCCUUCUUACACUCAUGCACCAAACACCACUACCAAUCUGCAACCUCAACAUGGAGCCACUCUUAUCCUGCACCAGAUAAUCUCUUGAUCAGUUGAUUUGGUCUGUAUUUUCUUAUUAAUAUACUAUAAGGUAUUCACAAGGUUGAGUUAUCCAUAAUAAUUAUGUGUUACAAAUAAAUGUAUUUGUCUUUUUUGAAUUGAUGUGUAAUA